GGAAGAAGUAGAACCCCCCCUCUCUCACUUCACUGCAGAGUGCAGACUGUCAUCGAGAAAUACCUAAAUUUCUGAAUUCCCUUUGAAUCAUCUUUUUUCGGAUAUCCAUGGCUUAUUUGAUCUCGAAUCUGCCUCUUCCUCCUCUGUUCGCCUGUGAAAAGCGACUCUUUUGCACACCUAUUAAUAAACACACAGUUUCCGCUAUUGGAGGACAACAAGGCCGUGUUGCAGUUAUUGCAAAGGCAACAAGCGGAAGUUCCAAGUCUUCUACCUCUUUGAGCAUCGUUGAGUCUGUCCAAAAUUUCUGGGAUAAACCCGAAGAUCGGAUCGCUCUCGUUGGAUUCGGAUUUGCGGCUGUCGUGGUUUUGUGGGCAUCGCUAAGUGUAGUCACGGCCAUCGACAAACUUCCGGUUGUCCCAAGCGUAUUUGAACUCGUUGGCAUUUUGUUUUCAACGUGGUUCGUAUAUCGAUAUCUCUUAUUCAAACCCGACAGGAAAGAGUUGGUCGAAGCCAUCAACAAGUCGGUAUCUGAUAUUCUCGGCCAAUAAUUGCAAGGAAUGAGAACAAGAAAGUGUCGAUAUGUAGUUUUUGUAUCGUGGUUUGGCUCCGAUUGUGUUGUAGCUUUGUAGUGAUCGAUCUCGAAUACGAGAAACUUGUAGGUCACGAUCCGUUUUUGUAACGACAAUAAAUGCUUUUCGUUCAUCGUGAAUUUAGCUUCGAGUUGUUUUCUUACUA